AUGUCUUUGCGCAUGAAGGAUGUGUCGCCAGAGAAGAACACCUUGAACAACAUCGAAAAGUCGAUCAUGAGCAUGGCGGCUUCGCGCAAGACCAAAGGCAAGUCGGAGCAAUCUGAUCUCAGUGCCUUCUUGAAGGAAAUCGAGGACCUCUUGAAUAAUACUAUGAAGAAGAACAUCCUGCAGCGCGUGACACAAACUCAGGCAGAUUUGGAAGGCGGCUGGAGCAACUUGAGUUCCUGCACUCAUCCAGAGGAUUUGAAUUACAACAACGAUGUCCAGACCCUUUCCACCAGCCAUGCGGACUGCCGCGAGCAACAGAACGCGGCCUGGUCGGACUACGACACCACUUGCAUCCUGGCUCGACAGAUUCGCGAGAACGAGAUCCGCGCCUUGUGCAAUGCUUUUCAGGCGGCCAAUAUCUUCCCAAACCCUGCAACCACUUGUUCCAUGGAUGAGGGAACCAAGGUACCCACCAUUGGCAACUACUUGGGCGAGAUGGCGAAGUUCUUCCGCAGCGAGUACGACAUCCUCUAUGCGAAGAAGAUGGCCUGUGAUAACGCCACCAACACACCCUUUCCUCACGAGGAGCUCUGCAAGCAGAAAAUCUGCGAAUACUACGACCAAAAGAUCUCCUGUGACGAGAAGCAAAAGUCCAUGGAAGAAAAGGCCUGCACUCUUCACAGGAGUUAUACUUGCAACCUCUUCAGUGAGUGCUAUACGGAGAAGGUGGACAUCUACAAGGGCCUGGACACCUUGGCGAAGGAGAACGAGGAGGCCAUCAAGUCGGAAUGGAUCGCCGUGUCGCGCAUCGAAUGUUUGGUGAAGGCUCUGCAACUGGAGGAUGCGGAAGUGGAUGCAGGGAUCACAAGCUGCAAAGAGAAGAUCUACAACACUGAUGCUGUGGCCUUGACCUACAAGGGCGAUGCACCGGCCCACCGCACCUGCACAGACAUCUUCUUGCAGCCGGGCACUGCGGUUUUCAGUACCCGUUGGUACAGCGGUUUGCCCAGCAACACUCCGGCGGAGAGCUGUGCCGCUUGGGAAGGGGCCUACCACUUGAGCCAGGCCUCCACCUGCUGCAUGGACACCAGCUAUACUCCUGGCUACCCCUCGGGCGCCGCCUGUCCGUACGUCCCAAACGCCACCACCACCACUGUGGCGACCACCACCACAGUGGCCACCACCGCGACCACCACGGCACCGUGGCUUUCUGUGGCGGUUAUGGGAAUGGAAGCCUUCAAAUACUUUCGAGAACAGCCAGAAAAUGAGAAAGAGAUCCCGGAAUUGUGCAUCCUCCGCGGGCCGAAGCGGCGUUCACAAAAAGCCGGUUCCGCAGAGCGCCGACUUCUCGGGGUGGGGAAACGAGCCAUGCCAGAUGCUGCAAACAAGGAAAACUACAAGGGCAUCUUUGAGGGUGUUUUAGGGUUUGGCCAGAAGGCUGCUGUGAUUGUGGUAGACUUCACAAAGGCCUAUACCACCCCUGCCAGUCACUGGUUCUGCGGUGGCAAGGGCUUUGGCGUGGUAGAUGCCAUUGCAGAAUCAAAACCUCUGAUAGAGCUAGCUCGCUCCAAAGGCGUGCCUAUUUUCUACACAAAAGUGUGCUUUGAGCAUCCCACUGAUGGUGGAAUUUUCACGCAGAAGAUUCCCUUGCUGCGCACUUGGACCAAGGACAACCCACUUGCGGAAAUUGAUGACAACGUGGCCCCUCAUGCUGGAGACAGCGUGCUUGUCAAGCAAUACCCUUCUGCAUUUUUUGGUACCAACUUGGCUUGCAACUUGAGGGCCAUCAACGUUGACACAUGCAUCAUUAUUGGUUGUUCUACCAGCGGAUGCAUUCGGGCUUCUGUGCUUGACGGCAUGCAGCACGGUUUCAGGUGCAUCGUGCCACGUGAAUGCGUGGGUGACCGAACCCAGAGCAUCCAUGAGAGCAAUCUUUUUGAUAUGAAUGCCAAAAAUGGCGAUAUAGUUGACAAGGCCCUAGAUGCUGAGCUUGUUGAGCGCUUGUUGACUCCUGGCUCCGUGGCUCAAGAUGUGCUCAACGUGGCUGCAAGUCCACUGAUAAGUUGUGCUGAUGACAGCACUGCCGAUGCGGUCAUGGCGCCAGUUAAUCUGGAAGGCGACCGAGUGCUACCGGCAGUGGAUAGUGAGCAGAGCUGCCACUUGACGCGUCGAGUGCUGGAUGGAUCUAGUUGUGGUGUGGAGAUGAAUCGAACACCAGGAACCAGCUUCGGAGUAGACAUCUCGGCCGCAGGGAAGGUGUGCAUGGUGAAUGGCAUCGAGGAUGGAAGUUUGGUGGACGUCUGGAACAGUCAGACCAAGCUUCCCGAACAUAAGAUCCGGAAGUACGAUCGGCUCAUGAGCCUGAAUGGUGAGAAGCCGGCCAAGGGCAAAGACAUGUUAGAAAGGCUUCGCGAUGCCAGUGGUCUUGUGACCGUUGGCGUUCAGAGGCCUGUGAUUCAAAAGGUGGUGGUGAGAAGGAGCGAGAAAGAUCUUGGGAUUAGCGUGAUCGAUGGGCAAAGCUUCUUAUUGGUCACCCGGGUCAGUGAAGGAACCAUCAGUGACCAUAACCUGCGCGCCCUGGAGGCUAAGGACGUGAUCAAAGUGCCCUCGCGCAUCGUGGCGGUUGAUGGCAAAAAAGGCAAGGGAUCCGAGCUGCUGAAAUACAUGGAAGAGUCCAAAAGCUCUUUCGAAUUAGAGAUGCUUUGCUAUGACUGA